UCUUGUUGACGUCAUGCUGGCAGUUAAGAAGACGUCAUGAGCGUCUUACUACCCAACAUGGCGGACUUUGAUACAAUCUAUGAGUUGGACGAGGAAGAUGAACGUGUAGUGAGUGAAGAACACCUUGUUAGAUAUUGCUCAGAACCUGUGAUUAUGCGAGGGGCUGGGCACAUCACCGUGUUUGGAUUGAGCAACAAAUUUGACACUGAGUUUCCCUCAGUUCUCACGGGAAAGGUGGCUCCAGAGGAGUUUAAAACCAGCAUCAGCAGAGUGAACACUUGCUUGAAGAAGACGUUGCCUGUCAAUGGGAAGUGGCUUCUUUGCGGCUGCCUGUGCUGUUGCUGUACGGUGGGCUUCAGUCUGUGGCCCGUUAUAUGCCUCAACAAGAGAGCGAGAAGAUCUAUUCAGAAGUUGUUAGAAUGGGAAAACAACCAGUUAUAUCACAAGCUGGGCCUGCACUGGAAGCUCAGCAAAAGGAAAUGUGAAAGCAGCAAUAUGAUGGAAUACGUAAUUCUUAUAGAAUUCUUACCCAAAUAUCCUAUAUUCCGACCAGACUGAGCUGAGGAGGCUGUUGGGAGACCUGCAGUGUGGCCCUUGACUCCUAUCCUUAGUGCCUUGUAUAAAUGUUGGAAUGAGGGUCUGCACCUGUGUCUCGGUGUCCCUUACAUCUCCCGGUACCUUGUACAUUAGAAAUUGCAACACUGUCACUUUGCUUUAGAGCAGAUUUUGCACAUUUCCUGAUGAAGUAGAACAAUGCUCUCUUUGUUGCACACUAAUACUUUGCUUUUGUUACAUAUAUGACAACAAGUGAUUGAAAAAAGAAUACUGUUGAAAAGUGCAUUUAGCCCAAAGAGCUAUCAUCAAUUGAGUCCAUGUAUCAUAUCAUUAUUGAUUUGGAAAAACAUGUGACACCUCCUGGAGCAGGGGUGUCAAACGUACGACCGGUGGGCCGGAGCAUUUUCAAUCCGUUGGUGGUUUGAGUAAAACAAAAAAUUGUUGUAAUUAUAAUAUUUGGACAUUUGAAAUGAGGAAAAACAAAUGGAAACUGUAGUAAAGAUAAGACCUACAUUUAUAGUCUCUUCACUCUGUCCAGCUUUCUAGCAGUUAUCGAAACGAAAGCUAGACAGUCCGGGAGCAUUGAAACAAUUUUCUGCCGAUUUUGAUGGCGAGGAAAUAUAAUACAUUUUAAGUGCGACCCUCCCGAUCUCGGUGAAGACCGAAUGUGGCCCGCGGGGCAAAAUUAAUUUGACACCACUUAUCCUAGAGCAUCCUUGCCUUAUGUAAAACAAACCAUUUUAUUUAUAAGACAGGAGGAGACAAAUAUUUUGUAGCUCAGCAAGUUCAAAUGGUGGUUAUUUUCCUCAUCAAUUUGUCUCUGUGACAAAAAGUAGAUGGGAUGCUUGAAUUUUCCAAACAUACGGUGUAAGUUCGCAUCAUGGAAAUGACCCUUUUUACAGGGAACUUUAAAAAAAUAAACAACCUGUAAAUAUGUUAGUAUAAACUGUAGGCCUACAGUGGUAUGCUGUUUACAUUGUUAUUUAGAUAUUUGAUUUGUUUUGCCAAGAUAAUGCUAUACCAUAGUUUUGUUUAUGAAAGAUGUCUCUUUCCAGUUUAUAUGGACCUGUUUACUUAGUAAGCCAUAUCAUUUACAAUGUAUGUGAUACCAGAGGUAGGAUUGAAAAUUGCACUUGAGCUUAUCAAAAUGUCAGGAUUUCAGAGAAUGAUUUCAAACUGAGGUUUUUAAUCAUUUUACAAUGACACUAGUGAUGCAUGUUAUUUGUGACUUUGCCAACUAAAAAAAAGUGUCAUCCAUUUCAAUGUGAGAUGGCUACUUGUCUUUAUGAUGUACUGUUGGAAACAGACUCCAUCUUGGCACCUCCAUGCCUCUUUUGUUUUUUUGCCAAACUUUUUAUUGCAGCUUUGUCUUUGUUCCUUUUAGUUUUUAUUUUCCUAUACUGUGUUUUGUCUUUCUGUUAGUUGUUAAAAACCACGUGCAACCUACAGUACAUUACAUAUUGAGAUAAACGUUUCCUUUGUUAUUCAUUUUGUCCAGAGUUGUCUCAUUCACUUGUAGCUGAGAGUUUUGCUGCAUUAUAGUGCCUCUGGAAUGGUAGAUGAACUGCAGUCAGAGAAGUGGUGUGGUUGUGAAGACUGACAUCUGCUCACUUGUAUUGUGGAGAGCCCUGGCCCUCUUCCCACUAUUGGCCCUGUUACAGAGUACUUGUAAAUGUUUUUCAUGACAACUCAAUCCCUAUGGAAAGUUAAAAUAUAUUGUUGAUUUUGAA